AUGACAUUAUUACCACCAUGGGCAACUGCAUUACGAGCUCGUGACUUCGUCGGUCGAUCUUGGAAAGGUCAGGAGGGAUUGGAAGGAUCGGAUUGUUCGUUAAGAUCGAGGGUAGAAGAAGAAAUGAAAGCUCAGUCUCCAUGGAGGGAAUCGACUUUCUAUCCGGAAAAAAUCAUCAAUUUUUUUUUCGAAAAAGAUCAAGAUCAGCCAGAAGCCGCUAAGCUAUUAUCAAGGGGGUGCCAGGCGGCUGACAGCCUGACGGCUGUCAUCCUGUGGUCUUUUUUCCGCUCUGUUGCCAGCGUAUUUGCCAUCCUCAGUUUGUCAACAGCCGUCGGGAUCUAUCUGAGGGGCUUUGGUGGUCUUAUACAGCAAACCAUGCCAUGUCCAUGA